AGGACCUCAGACAGGCUGAGCACACAGCGAGCGGCGCCAUGCACUACCGUCGGACCGACAGCUAACCAGCAGAAAUGCCUCCCGAGGACCUCGACCCAGCCCGAAAUGCCUGACCCGGGCUUCCUCUCGUCGUGUUUGUUCACCGAUACAAGAUGUGAAGAGGCGGUAAGAGCGAUAGGAUGGCGGAGUUUUGAGUCCUACUUUUCCGUCUCGCGCGGUGUAGCGUGGCAGAGGCAGUGGAACGUUUCCAAAGUUGUCGGUUAGCAGGGCGCGCGUGAAGGAUCGGACUUAAAGGCGCAGCGCACCCUCCAACAUGGAGAAGCAGCAGAGCGAUUUGGAGCGGGACCGGCAGUACUGUGAACUUUGUGGGAAAAUGGAGAACCUCCUGAAGUGUGGAAGGUGCCGGAGCUCCUUCUACUGCAGCAAGGAGCACCAGAAACAGCACUGGAAGGAGCACAAGCUCAUCUGUAAGGAGGCGGACAAGGCGCAGACCCCCAAACAGAAGCCCGAGCAGACUCCACCAUCCGGGGACAACAAGGCUCCAGAGAAACCCCGAGAAAAGACCGGCUCCGAGCAGGCUGACAGCUCGGCUUCACCGCAGCCCACAAGCACAGAAGCUGGGGAUAAACCGGGAGAGGACGGGUCCAACGACACCGCCACACCUAACGGGCAGACCAGCUCUUCUCCUCAGAAACUGGCCCUGGAGUACAUCGUCCCCUGCAUGAACAAACACGGGAUCUGCGUGGUGGAUAACUUUCUAGGGGCCGAGACCGGCCAGGGCAUACUGGAAAAUGUCAAAGCCCUGCACAAAACCGGUAAAUUCACAGACGGACAGCUGGUGAGUCAGAAAAGUGACUCGACUAAAGACAUCCGAGGAGAUAAAAUCACCUGGAUAGAGGGCAGGGAGUCCGGCUGUGAGAAGAUCCGGUUUCUAAUGAGUCGCAUGGACGACUUGAUCAGACAUUGCAACGGCAAACUGGGAAACUACACGAUAAAUGGAAGGACUAAAGCGAUGGUGGCGUGUUACCCUGGAAAUGGGACAGGAUAUGUGCGCCACGUGGAUAACCCCAACGGUGACGGCCGGUGUGUCACAUGCAUCUAUUACCUAAAUAAAGAUUGGACUGCCAAGGAACACGGAGGCCUUCUUCGAAUCUUCCCUGAAGGAAAGGCCCAGUUUGCCGACAUCGAGCCCAAAUUUGAUCGUCUUCUGCUCUUCUGGUCGGACAGACGAAACCCUCACGAGGUUCAGCCCGCCUUCGCCACCAGGUAUGCCAUCACCGUGUGGUAUUUUGACGCAGAUGAGCGAGCCAGAGCUAAAGAAAAAUACCUAACAGGCGCAGGAGAAAAAGGAGUCAAGGUUGAACUCGGCAAACCAUCAGACCCGAGCUAGUGGGACGCCUGCCCCCCGCCAACCAGCCAAUAAGUGCUCUGUCCUCAGAAGUGGCCUAUAGAGAGCAUGUUUUUGUGCGUUUGACGUGCAGAACAGCAGACUUUUGCUUGAGUGGGUGGACGAUCCAAAAACGAACCAAUCAGCAGUGAUUUCUGUUCAUUUUCAGCUAACGGGGUCAGACCCGGCGGACCUUGAAUGUCAUGACGUUGUACUGAAAGGGAUUGUGUGGAUGAUUUUUUUUUCCUUCGCUUUGACGGGGAACACAUCGGUUACCGCCACGUCUUCAGAAAAUCACGUCAAAGAUGAUCAGUGAGGAUGGAAAUCUUUUUGCAUUUUGGUUUUUGCAGUUAAUUCCUUAAAGGUACAGUGUUCUGCAUACGCUUCAUGAGUUAUGCUUUUCACAUGGAAUCAGCUGUUCUAAGCUACUGUAUGGCAAAAUGUGCUUGAGUUUGCAAUAAUACCAGGAAUGAUCUGAAUAAAAGACACCCUUUUCUGA